AUCUCUAGUCACCGUAUCGACACUUCCCAUGUUUCACUCAUUCGUUGAAUUGAAUCCCACAAUAUUCCGACGACGAUUUGGCUUCCUAUAUGUCGUCAAUCCUUUCUUUACGAAGAUGCGCAUUCAAGUUUGCCUCUCCCCUCAAUAAUUCCGUAUCCCAUUGCAUAUUUGUUGUUACCUUCAGCGCUCGCAGCUCAAUCAAAUUCAAAGCGGAGUCCCAUUACACAGCUCUUCUCGAUGAAUCCACCCGCAGAAUUCAUCUCGCUCAAAUCCAUAACAAGCUAUUCAAGCACGGGUUGCAGAGUAAUGGAUUCAUAAUCACCAAAUUUAUCAAUAAAAGCUCCGACAUUGGAGAAAUUAGGUACGCACGCCAAGUGUUCGAUGAAUUUCCUGACCGCUAUGUGUUCUUAUGGAAUGCAAUUAUCAGGGGAUACUCUAUGCACAACAUGCCUGAAAAAGUUCUUGAAAUGUACUUGAGAAUGCAGAAUGCUUUUGUGAGACCUGAUGCAUAUACAUUCCCACUUGUUGUUAAAGCUUGUGGCAUCCUACAGGCGGUCGGGUUUGGCCGGGCCAUUCAUGGGCAGAUUUGGAGGAUCGGGUUUGGAGACGACCCCUACGUGCUAAACGGGCUGUUAUCGUUUUACUUAUCAUGUGAGAAACAUGAUUGUGCCCGUGAUGUUUUCAAUCAUUUGAGUGACAGGAACAUUGUAUCAUGGACAUUGAUUUUCUCGGCCUAUGUGCAGAGUGGACAGCCUAUGAAGGGUUUGCAGAUUUUUAGGGAUAUGAGGGAGUCAGGGGUGACACCAGAUUGGAUAGCUUUGGUUAGUGCUUUGAAGGCGUAUUCGGAUGUGGAAGAUUUGAGUCAGGGGAAAUGCAUCCAUGGUAUGGUUCUUAAAAUGGGGUAUGAAUUUGAGCUCGACUUGAGAAUAGCGCUAACUUCUUUGUAUGCAAAAUGUGGGCAGGUAGUAGCUGCAAAAGUGUUGUUUGAUCAAACGGAAACCGGCUGUGUGAUUCUAUGGAAUGCCAUGAUCUCAGGAUUUGCUAAGAAUGGUUGUCCGAAAGAAGCGUUGGACCUUUUCACUAAGAUGAAUUUGAGAAAUAUUGAACCCAAUGUUGUGACAGUACAAUCUGUUGUCGUGGCUUGUGCACACCUUGGUUCACUUGAGCAAGCAAGAUGGAUGGAAGGAUAUGUUAAUAGUAGUAAGUUUGAAAAUGAUGUUGUGGUUAGGACAUCGUUGAUUGAUAUGUAUGCAAAAUGUGGGAGUGUAGAAUCGGCAAGAGAAGUGUUUGAUUCAAGCAUUGAAAGAGACGUAGUUUUGUGGAGCUCAAUGAUAAUGUGUUACGCCUUACACGGGCAGGGAAGAGAAGCGAUUGCUCUUUUUAAUGAAAUGGAGAAUUCUGGUGUCCGCCCUAACAAAGUCACAUUCCUCAGCCUCAUCAUGGCUUGUAGCCAUACUGGUCUUGUGGACGAGGGGUGGGAGUUUUUCCUCGCCAUGAAAGACUAUGGUCUCGAGCCCGAACAUAAACACUAUGCAAGUAUUGUUGAUUUGUUUGGCAGAGCCGGAUACUUGGACAAGGCACAUGAAGUUAUUACAACCAUGCCCAUGGAGCCAGGUGUUUCGGUUUGGGGAGCCCUCCUGUCUGCAUGCAAGAUCCAUCGCCAUGUGAAACUUGGUGAAUAUGCUGCAGAGAAGCUUUUCACCAUUGAUGCUUUGGACAUAGGGCAUUAUGUGCAGCUCUCGAAUCUCUAUGCCUCAUCUCGGAUGUGGGAUGGUGUGGAGCGUGUAAGACAAAGGGUGAAAUCUAAAGGGUUGAACAAAGACUCGGGAUAUAGUGUUAUAGAGAUCAACGGGAAGCUUGAGGCUUUCCGAAUGGGUGACAAGUCUCAUCCUCAUUCAAAUGAAAUUUACGAAAAGCUCAAGUGGUUGGAAAUUAAGCUAAUAGAGUUGGGAUUCACAGUAGAUGCGGAUUCUGCUUUGUAUGAUGUGGAUGAAGAAGGGAAAGGGGCAUUGUUGUGUAACAAUAGCUAAAGAGUAGCGAUAGGCUGUCCCUAAGCCAAAUAGUUAGGUGAAAUUUGAGUCAAGAAAGAUUGAAUGAAUGGUGUAUAGCUAGCCGUUGCUCCCAAUUCAUUGGCUGACUAGAGAGCUUGAUAUUGGGAGGAAACUGCGUUUGCAAGAAUUGGGUCUUUCUGCAGUUGAUGGACGUGGAUAAUCUGAUGGAGCGGGGUCUAGUCCUUCUCCAUCCAGUCAUUAAUGAAUGGCAGCUUGAAGUUGUCAUAUUCGAACAAUUUCCAUUUGCCUUCUGUUGUUACAUGUCCAGGAGCAUGUGAAGAGUCUUAUUAUUGCAGGGAUUCAUUCCAUUCGUCACUUUGUACUGGGCAAGGAUCAUUAUUAUCAAAUACAAAAGAACUUUUGAAGUUCACAAUCAUGCUAAUGAAACAAAUGAUAUCUUCAUCCUUGCCAUGGGCUAAGGUAAUUAUUGCAUCAUCUGCACAUAUACAGGACUUUUGGGUUGGUUAUCAGACCCAUGAGUUUUAACUUUGUCCUGGGAGAUUGAAGAUCAUAUAUGAAUUGUUGAAUAUAACUGCUGCUCAAUCUUAUUUAAAAAGGAUCGUGGUUUUUCUGUUUCAUUUCAUGAACUCAUGAGUAUAAUAUAGCCCAGAUUCCAAAUAAAAUUACCAGCCUGCAAGGUGUAAAAGCAAAUGAAUGUCAAUUAGAUCCAAACAAAGAUGAAACUAUAAAUCAAAUGGAGGUCAAAGAAGAUAAUUCCAUGAUAUUGCUGACGUGCAGUGAAGAAAAGGAAGAAAACUUGGAGGCAUGGUAUCUUGAUGAGUCAGCUAAAGGUUGAUUAUGAAGGUGCCAGUAUAUGAUGUUCAAGCUCAACAUCAAAGCUAAUCAUGCUAAAUGCUUGAAGAUGCCGGCUACAAACACUUAAUGGCUAUGACAUCAACACCAUGGGUAUUUGAACUAUAAUGGCCUAAACAUGUUGAACAAAAUUACUUAGGGGAUGCCAAAAAAUGACUUGCCCAAAUUAGUUCUGUGAAGGACAUGUGUUUAGAAAGCAAUUUUGUAUAGUUUUUCCGAAGGAGCCUCGUAAUUGAGCAACCCGAACUAUUUAGUUGGUGCAUGCACAUAUUUAUGCUCUAAUUACACUUGCUUCAAUUGAUAAGAAGAGAUUUAUUAUUGUUCA